AUGUCUGAAGGUUCUUUAGAUAAGAACCAAUUAGCAAGACAGCGGAAAAAGAUUGAAAAAGAUAGAAGAAGGAAACAAUAUGAUGAUUUGCAGGUUCAAGGAACAAAUAAUUCAUCUAUUGUGUCGAAAAGAUCAGUUGAGAUGAUUUAUACGUCAAAAUUGAACCCAGAAAUGGGAGAGUGGUUCAAGUAUUUUGUCAAAAAGCCAAAAAGAAGAUCUCCUGCUAUUAAUAGAGGUUACUGGAUAAGAAUGGAAUCAAUUAAACAAAUGAUUUUGAGAAUAAUUGCGUCUAGAGAAGAUCCUAAUCAAGAAGUUACUAUUAUAAAUUUAGGGUGUGGUUUUGAUCCGCUACCAUUCCAGUUAUUAUCCCAGUUUGCAAAGACUGAUAGUAAUUUGAAAUUGCGUUUUCUCGAUGUCGAUUAUCCCGAGUUAAUUGCAAAUAAAUUAGAAAUGAUUAAAAGUUCGCCAGAAAUUUUAUCCAUAUUGGGGGAAGAAAUUAAUGAUUCCUCGAUCGAGAAGUCAGUUGUGCCUUUUCUGAGUGAAAAUUAUAAAUUAGUUGGAUGUGAUUUAAAAGACGGUAAUUUAUAUGAUCAACAAUUGAAUCGUUUGCUUGGAAAUUCUUCAUGCGUUAAGAUAUUUAUCGCCGAAGUUUCUCUAGCUUACAUGAAGCCAGAGUAUGCCAAUCCUAUUAUUGAGCAUUCAGCCAAAUUGGAUAAUUCACAUUUCUUAAUAUUGGAACAAAUUUUACCGGCUGGUGAAUUUCAUGCAUUCGCUCAAAAGAUGUUAUAUCAUUUCAACCAUUUAAGGAGUCCGUUACAAUGUGUACAGACAUAUCCAUUGAAGACAGAUCAGGUGAAUCGUUUCAAAAAGUACUAUCCAAAUGUUGAAAUCAAGGAUUUAUACGAGAAUUGGAAAUUCCUUAUCGACGAUGAAAUGAAACGUAAGAUUAGAGACAUUGAAGCAUUUGAUGAAUGGGAAGAAUUCAUAAUGUUUUGCCAGCAUUACGUUAUUGUACAUGCUACCAACAGUUCAGUUUUUAUUUACGACGAUAAACCAAUAUCACAAAAAGAACUUGACGAACCAUCUACUUCAGUUAAAGUUUCUUAUCAGGAAUCGAAUAAUUCAGAAUUAUUGCAAUUGAAAUUUCCAGCUGUUUGCGCAAUAGAUAAUGAAGUCUUGAUAAAUGGAGGCUUGUUCCAGAGUCGUACGGGAAAAACAUUAUCAUUGAAGAAAAAUAGUCUUGAAGUAAAGAACGCCGACGGAGACGAGCCAGGUCCAAGGAUGUGUCAUACGUUGACUGCGCUCAAUGAUAAUGAGUCAAUAUUAAUUGGAGGAAGGUCUAGACCCGAAGAGUAUUUUCUGGAUGUCUAUAAAUUGGAUAGAGACCGGUGGACUAAAUUAGAAAAGUUACCAAACAAGAGGUCUAGACAUUCAGCCGUGAAGUUAUCGGACCAAGAUAUAUUGAUAUUUGGAGGUUUACAGGAAGAGAAUAAAGAUAGUAACAAACUAUUCAUAUUGUACAAUUGUGAAAGCCAACAAUACAAAGAAUUGAAAAUUGAAGGUUGUCUUCCCAACCUAUCCAGCUGUUCUAUGGCCUAUAAUGACCAAUUGAAGUUCGGACUUAUCCUAGGUGGUAUGAUAGAUACAACCGUUCCGACAGUUAACGACUGCUUGUACAAAUUUGUCAUUAAAGAUGAUACUUUGGUAGUAGACGUCAUUUACCAACACUCGCACCUACUGAGAGUAUCAUGCCAAAUCAGACUCUUAUCUAAUAAUAAAUUGCUUAUUAUAGGUGGAAUAUCGCCAUUGGAGAUAUUUAACCAGCAGAACACUAUUCUUCUUUUUGAUAUAAUUACUUCCAAAUUGCAUCCAAUUGAAAUUGACCGUGAUAUUUGGGUGAACCAUCCACCAAUUUUUAUCGGGUUUGGAAAAGCCGAACUCGAAAAUUCUGUUAUAUGUAUCGGCGGAGGUGCAGUGUGCUAUUCAUUUGGUAGUUGCUAUAACGGUAUCUAUAAACUUGAUUAUGAUCUCAAUAACUAA